CACACACAUACACAGCGACACACACACGUACACAGCUGUUGCGCCCGUGAACUCACCUGAGUCCCGUCACCGUCUACAAGAACAGAGGGACAGUGAGAAAGGUGGGGGGGGCAGAUGGAGGACGACGGCAGCCUGCUCAUCGGCAUGGACACCAAGCCGGGGAACAGCUACGGCAGUGUCACCACGAAUGCACCUGCUCAACCUUUAGACAGGAACGUGUUCAGUGACGGGUCGACUCGAAUUGAUUUCGUGCUGGUGUGGGAGGAGCCUCACAGCUCACAGAAGGAAGGUGCAGGUGUUAACCCCGCCCACCAGAGGUGGAGAGAUACAUUUCUGAGCAGACUGCGUCGCUCUGGACUGCUGCAGGAAGAGAAGAAAGUCUCUCAUGCGAAGAAGAAUAUCUGCUUUGUCCUGCUCAGUGCUCCAUGGAAUGUCCUCUGUUACUACGCUGAGGACAUCAGUCUGAGAGUCCCCCUGCAGGUGGUCAACUCUCCAAACAUUACUGGGUCUGAACAGCUCCUGUUGAAGCUGUCCCUCCCCAACCCCAUGGCCCAGGAUGUCCCCAACCCACCAGUUUGUUACUACACCUGUCAGUUUAGGAAUAACAAGCUGGAAAGGUUUUUAGGCAGCAAUGACAGAGAGACGUUUUUUAAAACAACUCAAAGACACCAGGUGUUGUAUGAGAUUCUGGCCAGGACUCCGUAUGGUUCUGUGAAGAGGGGACAGGUGGGAAUUGACCGAAUGCUGAAUGAGCAGGUCUUCACCGCCGCCUACCCGCUGCAUGAGGGUGAUUAUAUGCAGCCCACGCCCACAGUGUCCCCUCAGUCUUUGAGUACAAGACAGAUACUGUACACGUACUGGGCCAAGUGGUCCUGCUGGAAAAGCUACCAACCAUUGGACCACAUUAGGGAGUACUUUGGAGAGAAGAUAGCACUUUACUUUGCCUGGCUUGGUUUCUACACUGCUUGGCUGUUGCCAGCGUCUCUCAUUGGGACUGUGAUCUUCCUGAAUGGUUUGUGGCUCAUGGCAACUGACGUUCCGGUGAAGGAGGUGUGUGACACUAGAAACAACUUCCUCAUGUGUCCAGCAUGUAACAUCUGCACUUACUGGAACUACUCCAGCAUCUGUGUUACCUACAAGUUGGGCAUCCUGUUUGAUAAUGGAGGGACAGUCUUCUUCAGCGUCUUCAUGUCUCUUUGGGCCGUCACCUUCCUCGAGUAUUGGAAGAGAACCUGUUCAACUCUGUCUCACCGCUGGAACUGCUCCGACUUCGAGGAGAGUGAGGAGCGACCUCGCCCUGAGUUCACAGCCAUGGCGCCAAUGACCAUGAGGAACCCUGUGACUGGAGCGGAGGAACCAUAUUUCCCUGAAAACAAACGGUUCAAAAGGAUUUUGAGUGGCUGUAUUGUCAUCAUAGUCUUGAUCUUUCUUGUGCUAAUGUGCCUCAUCGCCAUCAUCCUGUAUCGUACCAUCGUCAGCAUCCUCAUCCAGAAGUCUAACCUCGGCUUCAUCAGCUCGUCUGCUAAAAGGAUAGCCAGUAUUACUGGGUCAGUGCUAAACCUGUUGGUCAUCCUCAUUUUGUCCAGGCUCUACAUCACACUGGCCCAAAUCCUCACUCGCUGGGAGAUGCAUCGCACCCAGAAUAAGUAUGAGGACAUGUUCAUCCUCAAAGUUUUCGUCUUCCAGUUUGUCAACUUCUACUCAUCUCCUAUUUACAUCGCCUUCUUCAAAGGAAGGUUUGUUGGUUUCCCUGGACACUACAACACACUGUUUGGAAUUCGCAAUGAAGAUUGUGGAGCAGGUGGAUGUCUUAUUGAACUGGCUCAGGAGCUACUCGUCAUCAUGGUGGGAAAACAGCUGAUCAACAACAUCCAGGAGUUCCUUGUCCCGAAGUUUAAGUCUUGGAUGCAGAAGAGGAAGAUGAAUCCACAGCAGCAGAAGGAGAAGAAUACGGAGGAGGGAAAAGACGAGGGUCAGAAGAAGGAAGACCUUUCUCCCUGGGAGGUAGACUACCAGCUGCUGACGUGUGAGGGUCUCUUCAGCGAGUACCUGGAAAUGGUUAUUCAGUUUGGCUUCAUCACCAUCUUUGUGGCGGCGUGCCCUCUCGCUCCGCUCUUCUCUCUCAUUAAUAACUGGGUGGAGAUUCGACUGGACGCUCAGAAGUUUGUGACUGAAUACCGUCGCCCUGUGGUGGAGCGAGCGCAGGACAUUGGUAUUUGGCUCCUAAUCCUGCAGUUCAUCACACAGGUGGCCGUCCUAACCAAUGCUUUCCUUAUUGCGUUCACCUCGUCCUUCCUGCCUCGCCUAUACUAUCGCUACACCAGAGACAGCACCCUGAAAGGGUACAUCAACUUCACGCUGGCCAUAUCUCCACAGAACUUCACCCAUCACGACGAGAAUACACCCUGCAGGUAUGUGGGUUUCUGGGAUGAUAAUGGUGACUACAUCCAAGAGUACUAUCACCUCCUCGCCAUACGACUUUGUUUUGUCAUCAUCUUCGAGCAUGUAGUCUUCCUCGUUGGCCGCCUGAUCGACAUGAUGGUCCCCGACAUUCCCGAGGAGGUGGAGCUAAGGAUUAAGCGGGAGCACUACAUGGCCAAAGCAGCUUUAGCUGAGAACCGGUCCAUGAGGAAAAACCUUAUUCCUGAGCAGGAUGACCUGACUACCAGCCUGCGAAGGCGUGCCUCAAAGCAAAGCAAAUUCCCACCACCAGACCUGAAUAGGAUCCCCAAAGGCAACUGACUGAUUUGGAAAGACUCUGACAGCUGUGCUAGAGUUGCAUGAUCUCUGAUAGUCAUGUACAAGACCCCUGCUGGAAAUCUACAAGAACUGUGCUUCAAGAACUCUGCAAGACCCUUCAGAUGUUCAGGGAAGGCUUUGUUAGUUAUGUAAGGUUAGUUAGACCUAAAAUGUCAAACACUCAUAAGAUCUCUACAGAUGGAUUUCUAUAAUAUGUCUAGUGGACAGCCACAAGUUUACUUGCAUUGUACAGAAUCGCCAAAGUUUUUAAAACCGCACUGCAAGAGGUCAAGGUGUUAAGCCCAUCAAGAUGUCUUACAGAAGCAUCAAACCUGGAUGUAUGCAGGCAUGACCAGAAUUGUGUGAGACUACUGCCAAAUGUACACGACAAACAGUCUCCGUACAAAUCUGCAGGAAUUCUAACAGAACCUCGCAAAAUCUGCAGAGGUAAAAUUGAACCUUUAAAAACGUCCAAGUGUCGUGUAAAAAUGUUUUGUACACACUGUCACAGUCAACAUUCAAGCUAAAUCGUCUUUCAUUCGAUAGUAGUGACUCAAUAUCAACCUUCCCACAUCUA